AUGUCGGCCGCCGACAUGUUCUGGGCGGCGCCGCCCGUAUCAAGAACAAUCACAGCAGCCGCUGUGCUCCUAUCGGUACCGACAUGGUUAGGUCUGAUCCAGCCAGCCUACGUCGUCUUCCUACGUGACAGGGUGUUCACUCUCGUACGGAUCCCGCAGAUAUGGCGAGUUGUGACAGCCUUCAUCCUCACCGGACCUAAGCUCGGCAUGAUACUGGACCCUUACUUCCUGUACACCUACGGCAGUGCACUAGAGACUGAGUCUGCGAAGCUGUCUCAACCGGGCGACUUCUUCGUAUACCUGGUCUUCGUGGCAGCGGUUAUUUUGCUUCUGGGUGGCAUUUACCUACAAGGCAUCCUCUUGCUCAGCCCUCUGACUCUGGCCCUGGCGUACACAUACUCGCAAGAGAACCCAAACCGGCAGCUCAGCUACUUCAUUAUCACUUUCUCGGCCAAAUGGCUACCGUUCGUAAUGCUGGCCAUGACCUUCGUCAUGGGAUCGCCACAGGAAGCCAUGCUUCAGGGUACAGGCUUGAUCGCAGCACACCUGUACGACUUCAUCACCAGGAUCUGGCCGGAGUAUGGAGGCGGAAGGCGCUAUCUGACCACGCCACCGGCUGUGCGGCAGUUCUUCGCCAAGCCUGGCGGCACCACGCAGACCCGAUCAUUCGGAACCGCGUAUUCCGCACAGCCAGCGACUGUCCCUCAGCAGCAAACCGGAAGUGGCGGUGGUUGGACGACUGGGUUUGGGGGCGGAAGUGCUGGGUGGACGAGCAGAGGGCCUGGACGGCGCUUAGGAAGCGAGUAG